CUAACAAUGCUUAUUCCUGGUUUUUGGCUUAGUGUAUAAACUGGAAAGUGGGAAGCGUAAUGUCGGCUUUGCAGAACUUUGAAAACAGGCUGCGUAAAGGCAGAAAUGAGUCCAGCCGUACAGGUCUCCUCUGGGAACCCCGCAGAUCCUAGCCCGUUUCCAAAAAGCAGGAAGCAGAACCCUGAGGAUCCGAGGUCGCAGCAGCUGGCACAGCUGGGAAUCGCCUCCGUUCUGGUCGAUUGCAGAAGUUGAAUUUUGGGGUGAAAACAUCCAGCUCGGGCAAGGACAAUCCCCGCGGGGUGCCGGGCGCAGGGCAGGAGGGCGGCACGCCGCCUCGCGCAGCUGGGGCUGGCUUACGGCUGCAGUGCCCGUGGCAGCCUCAGGAGAACAACCGGGAUCGGUGCUGCCGAGGGAAGGCGGAACGGGAGCCCGGCGUCACGGCUGCUCCGCGUCUCGCUCCGCUUCCCCGGGCGUGCGGAGGUUCGCCCGGACGCAGGGCCGGCAGCGGGGCGAGCUGGAAGCGGGCGGGUGAGCCCCAAAGAAUGAUGAAGUCCUCUGUACAUUCAGAAGAAGAUGACUUUGUGCCAGAGCUUCAGAGAAGCAUCCAUCCUCGGGAGAGGCCAGACUGGGAGGAGACUCUCAGCGCUAUGGCAAGAGGUGCAGAUAUCCCUGACAUUCCAGGGGAAUUGCCACUUCGGACUUGCGGCAGCACAGCAAGUAUGAAAGUGAAGAAUGUGAAAAAAUACAUCAACCCGGGACUGAUGGGCUGUGAUGCCUUUCACAGGUUAUCCUUUACAAAAGGUCAUUUUCCGAAGAUGGCUGAAUGUGCGCAUUUCCAUUAUGAAAAUGUGGACUUUGGCAACAUACAGCUCUCGCUCCCGGAGGAACAGAAUGAAGUGACGAGGAACGGCUGCGAAUCCAAGGAGCUGGUCUACCUUGUACAGAUCUCGUGCCAGGGAAGGAGCUGGAUCGUGAAGCGGAGUUACGAAGACUUUAGAGUUCUCGAUAAACAUCUUCACCUGUGUAUUUAUGACCGGCGUUUCUCGCAGCUCUCAGAGCUACCCCGUUCCGAUGCCUGGAAGGACAGUCCAGAACUCGUCAGCCAAAUGCUGAAGUCUUAUCUGUCCCGUCUUUCACUCAUAGCAGGCAAUAAGAUCAACUGCGGGCCUGCUCUCACAUGGAUGGAGAUUGAUAACAAAGGGAAUCACCUGCUAGUCCAUGAGGAGUCAUCCAUUAAUGUUCCCGCUAUUGCUGCCGCCCAUGUUAUUAAGAGAUAUAUUGCCCAGGCAGCAGAUGAGCUGUCCUUUGAGGUGGGUGACAUUGUGUCUGUUAUCGAUAUGCCCCCAAAGGAACUGACCACAUGGUGGAGAGGCAAGCAUGGAUUUCAGGUUGGAUUUUUUCCUAGUGAGUGUGUUGAACUAAUUAACGACAAAGUUCCUCAGUCUGUGACCAAUUCUGUGCCAAAACCAGUCUCCCCUGCCCACGGAGCCCGUCCAGCGUCCUGGAGCUACUUCCCCCCUUAUUUGGAGAUGGAUAGUGUAAAGCCAGGUUCUGCAUGUGUUACAGAGGCUCUGAACCAGUCCCAGCUGAGCUCAGUGUCCAAAAAACACGGCAAGCUCAUCACCUUCCUCCGUACAUUCAUGAAGUCGCGCCCAACAAAGCAGAAACUGAAGCAGCGGGGGAUCCUGAAGGAAAGGGUGUUUGGCUGUGACCUGGGAGAGCAUCUUCUCAACUCUGGCUAUGAUGUCCCCCAGGUCCUCAAGAGCUGCACUGAAUUCAUUGAGAAACAUGGCAUUGUGGAUGGAAUAUACCGUCUGUCUGGAGUCGCAUCCAACAUCCAGAAACUACGACAUGAGUUUGACUCUGAGCAGAUUCCUGACCUAACCAAGGAUACAUAUGUCCAGGACAUUCACUGUGUGGGUUCCCUCUGCAAACUGUACUUUCGGGAGCUCCCAAACCCCCUGCUGACAUAUCAGCUCUACGAGAAGUUCUCAGAUGCCGUCUCUGCUGCUACAGAUGAAGAACGGUUGGUUAAAAUCCAUGAUGUCAUCCAGCAGCUCCCCCCGCCUCACUACAGGACACUGGAGUUCUUAAUGAGACACUUAGCUCGUCUAGCUGAUUACUGCUCCAUCACAAAUAUGCAUGCUAAGAACUUGGCAAUUGUCUGGGCUCCAAACCUCUUAAGAUCAAGGCAGAUCGAGUCUGCCUGCUUCAGUGGAACAGCUGCUUUCAUGGAGGUGCGAAUCCAGUCAGUCGUUGUGGAAUUCAUCUUGAAUCACGUGGAUGUCCUCUUCAGUUCCAAACUCAGCUCAGUCAUACGAGAUGGAGCAGGGCAUAGUUCUCUAUCACGGCCCAAGUCUCUGCUGGUGUCCUCUCCUUCCUCAAAGCUGCUCACACUGGAGGAGGCACAGGCACGGACACAAGCCCAGAUCAACUCUCCCAUCGUGGCAGGCAGCAGAUACAUUGAAGUGGGAGAAGGCCCUGCAGCUCUACGGGGGAAAUUCCACACGGUCAUAGACUUUCCAUCUGAAAGAAAAAGACCCAAUAAGAUGAAGAAAUCGCCAGUUGGCAGUUGGCGUUCCUUCUUCAACUUGGGAAAAUCGUCCUCUGUGUCCAAACGCAAACUACAGCGCAAUCCCAGUGAGCCCUCAGAAAUGAAAGCCAUAGCCCUGGCAGGUGGGCGAGGAGACAGCGGGACUCUUCGCUCAGCUAAAAGCGAAGAAUCGCUUACCUCUCUGCAUGCUAUUGAUGGUGAAUCUAAACUGUUUCGACCCAGAAGGCCUAGAUCCAGUAGUGAUGCAUUGUCUGCUUCCUUCAAUGGAGAGCUCUUAGGAAGCAUGAAUCGCUGCAAUUCUUAUGACAACCUGCCCCAUCACAACAGUGAUGGGGAUGAGAGGCUCAUCCAUGUUCCUGCCCUUAUUUCUCCUCGCUCUUCUGAAGACGUUGACCUGAGCCCACCAGAUAUUGGAGUUGCCAGCCUGGAUUUUGACCCGAUGUCUUUUCAGUGCAGCCCACCCCACACAGAGUCUGAGUGCCUGGAGGGCAGUACCUCCCCGAUGGAGUCAGUUGGCAUAAAUAUGGAGAAGCCAAGCCUAUUUAAGAAGGAUGUAGAAUCAGGCAGCCAGUCCCAGACACCGGGCAGCGCCACAAGCUCUGAGCCAGUCUCCCCUUUCCAAGAGAAGAUGAGUCCUUUCUUUACUGUGGACCUGAGCCCAACUGAAGAGAAGGCCUGCAAACCCCAUGCCUUCUCACCCAAGGUGGGGGAAAAGCCCAUCAAAUCUCCACCACUGACUACAGCAGAACCUGUCUCCUUCGCACUGCCCUGCCUCAUGUCAGAACCAACUGGAGGAGUGCCCAUCAUGACCAGAAGCUCCUCUGCUUCCAACUGGAGCAAAGGGAUUGGCCUCACUGAAACCACAACCAGGUCCCCAACCGAGAUGUCCUUGCCCCUGAAAAACACUGAAACAGGAACAGGGGAAGGAGCCCACCAAGAGCUUCAGCAUGCCCAGCUAGUGGCUGGCAAACCAGAGUUGCCAGAAGAAGGGGAGAGACCAAUGUCAAGCAGUCAGAAUAAGACUGUACCCACUGGACACACACAGCCAGGAGCAGUUGCCCUCGACUCCCCCCAGGAUCCUGUUCCAGUCAGUUCUGUGUCUCUUAUCCCUCCUCCUCCUCCGAAAAAUGCAGCGCGCAUGCUAGCCCUAGCGUUAGCUGAGUCCGCACAGCAAGCAUCUGCUCAGUCUCAGAAAAGGCCAGGAGAUACUCAUUCUGAAAGCACAAAUUAUGGAGAGACCGAAGCUGGUACAGCUCUAGAAAAGCUCCAUAUCUCUGCUGGUGCUCCAGACAAGCUCCACCUGUAUACCAGUCUGCCUGAGAACCGACUUCACUUCCAGCCUGACGCACCAGUAGAGCAGGAUUUUCAAGGUAGCAGCACAGCCGGGGAGCAGAACCACCCGUCAGGUACACCUGGAACCCGGGACCCCCCGCCUGCCCUCAGUGGCAUGCCUGGGGACAUGCCUGCUAGCAGAGAUGCAGAGCAAGAGCAGUCCAGCUUCCAUCCUGGUAAAUCGGGGGACAAAGAUCACUUCCCAUCCCACACUGGGGACUGGGAGCCCCCCACACCUGACCUGCCAGUAGAUAAGCCCCAACUCCGUGCAUGCAUGUCCGGGGACAAGCACCUCGCUCCCGCCUGCACUGCCGAUGACAAACUUCCGAUUCCUCCUGUUGUAGCAGCCGGGGAGAAAAGCACCCUGGCUUCAGUGCCGUAUCUAACAACCAUCCAGACAACAGCAACUGAGCCUAGCCACGGGCCAGCAGGCCAACACGCCGCUGGCCCAGCCACAACUCAAGCAGACAGCAUUGCUACAGCGGCGCAGCGCACACUCGCAGCCAGCCAGCCCGCUCUGCCGCAGAGGCAAGAUCACCAGUCGGCAAUGGGACAAGUGCCUGCGGCCUCUGCAAAAGCAGCCAGUGGUUCCAACCAGGUUUGGGGUGCAACUGCACCAGAAAAGCCACCUGAGCCUGCUCCGGUUUUUGCCUCAGAAAGCAAUUCUACGACACGCUGCUUGUCUUCUGUGCCCACGGGCCACCAGAGCCAUUUGGAAAAGCCUCGGGAGAGUACGAGGGCUCCUCCGCUGCACCUGCGUUCCGAGUCUGUUCCUACUCACUCCUCCUACAGCUUUACACCCCCUGUUCCCCCUGUGAGAACACUGGAGAGCAAAAUUGCUGCUGCCAUGCACUCAAAUAACACGGAUGCUAUCAACAACUCCAACUAUCACGCCUUCCUGGCUUCCUCCAUGCUGGCCUCCUCUGUGGAGGAAGCCCUGCUGCCGCCGCCACCACCUCCACCCCCCAAGCAUGCUUCUCUGCAGUCCAUCUAUGUGCCGCAUCCCAAGCCGGAGAGCAUCCCAGAGCCCUCUGGGCCAGACAACUACCUGCACCACAAGCCGACCUCCACCCACACGUACAGACCUGAGAGCGUUCCGCCUCACGUCUCCUACCACAACAAACCUGACCAGCACCAAGCCUAUCCUCCUCGCUCUGAGACACCCACUUCUGCAGGAACUCGCUACAACACCUACACAAACCAAGGAAAAAGCACCUCAGCUGUCCACUCCAAACCUCGCAGCCGGAUGGAGUUUGUGUCCUCUGUGAGCCCAACGGGCCUGCGUAACACCAGCUACGCUGAGGACGCCCCACCCUACCCCACCAUCCGAAGGGUUCAGUCGCUGCACGUCCCCACCCCGGCUGCCUCUGCUAUCCGCUCCGUUCCCAUUUCACGAACUGAGGUGCCUCCAGACGACGAGCCCGUGUACUGCCCACGGCCCCUCUACCAGUACAAGCCAUAUCAGCCCCACUCCGACUACCACGUAACUCAGCUGCAGCCUUACUUUGAGAACGGGCGAGUCCAUUACCGGUACAGCCCUUAUUCCAGCUCUUCUGGAUCCUCUUAUUACACCGCUGCUGACGGGAGCUUCUACGACCUGGACCCCUACAGCACCAUGCGGGCCAAGCCCUUUCGCCCCCUGCCCAGCCAAGACUUUGCCUCCUACGCCUCCCGACUGCAAAGCAAAGGCCUGUACCGCUACCCUGACUUGUCUGCCUACCCGCGGGGCGGCCUCAUCAGCCACCUGGCUGGCAAAGAGCACAGCUUUAUCAGCAGAGACGUGCCUCCUGCCCCAGACAUCAAGCACAUGUACAUGUCGUGGGACCUCGAGGACAUGGAGAAGUACCGCAUGCAGUCAAUUCGCCGGGAGAGCCGCACUCGGCAAAAAGUGAAAGGGCCGGUGAUGUCCCAGUAUGACAACGUGGCCCCGCUGCUGCAGGACGAGCUGGGAGGACUGGAUGUCAUUCACCUGCGCAGCAAAUCCGAUCCUGGGAAAACUGGGCUCCUCACGGUGGCAGAAGGGAAGGAGGAGAGGUACCCAGCCAAAGCAGCUACGCCUGAGGGGGAUGAACGCUACUACAUGCAGCACCCUGAGCCAGAGCUGGACAGAGCCCACUACCACGGGGCCUACGGGAACGGCCCGUUGGAGAAGCCGUCCCUGCCCCAAAAGCAGAGCAGCAUCCGGAGCAGGAAGCUGCACGAGCCUGGCAGCAGCACAAACGAACACAGGACGCACUUGCAGCAGGAGGCAAGCCAUAAGCAGCCUUCUGAAUCCAAAAACGGGCCCCCUUAUCCUGACUACAGGCCUAAAGGCGGCCCAGAGCCCUCGGAGCCCGUCGGUUACCAGCACUCGGGCGGGAAGUACAUCCUGGUGAACCAGGAUACCCUGAGACUGAACCACAAGGAAGUGAAGUUAGCGGAGGACAGGCUAGAUUUGGAAAGGUCUCGAGCCAGAUCGACCACGUCCAUGGAGAAACACUCCAGAGACACCUAUAAGGAAGAGGAGCACGCGGCCUCACCCAUGGCACCGCCGCCCAAGCCUGAACGGAGCCACAGCCUCAGGAUGCAGCACCCCGAAUCCAUGGAGAUGGACUCUGCCGUCCUCUACCCGUACCAAACCCUCGGGAAACGCCAAAGCACUAUGACUGUGGUGUCCCAGUACGAUAAUUUGGAGGAUUACCAUACCAUGCCUCAGCACCAAAGAGGGAGCUAUGUUGGAGGAGGGGGGUUCGUGCCCCCCACUUUUACCCACAUGCACAGUAGGACUUACGCCACAGCUCUUGGCCAGGGGGCCUUCCUCCCAGCGGAGCUGUGUUUGCAGAGGCCCGAAACAGAGGUCCACGUUGAGUGAGCUGGUGUGGGGGGAAGGAGGGAUAGAGUAUAAGCAGCCGCUGCUGGACAGUGGACUGUUUUAUUUUUUCAGUGAUGGAUAAAAAAAAAAAAAAAAAAGAAAAUCCCACCCCAAUGAGCAAAGCAAACCCCCUACAGCCCCCCCCCCCCCUCCUCCCCCAGCUCACCAUCCACACCACUCACUCUUUUUAUGUAGUAGAGAUAUAGCUUUUUCAUGUAGUUUAAGAUAAGUAGAAUGGUAAGGCAGGCUGUUGGCGCCCAGAUGUUGCCAGAGAGGACAGGCAGAGCUGAAAGAGAUGCUGCUGGGGGCAGGGGGAAGGAAAAAGAAGUUUUCUCCUUCCCUGGAUUUGAUGUUGGCAGUUACCACCACUUCCUCACCAUGCCUCCGUAGUCCUGUGCAUGAUGGACUGUGCAUGCUGCUGUUUUUGUGAGCCCCGUGUGUCGCCCUUCCCACUGUUAGCUUCCAAAAAACGGUCUCCGUGACACGCCUCGGAGGAGCCACUGUUCUACCCCUGCUGAGGUUAUGCAGCACGAGGGGGUCGGGGGAGGCUUCUGAAGUAUUCGCUUCUUGAUAAACGCCAAGCUCCUGCCUCUCCCUUGAAAAUUAGUGCUUAGGCAUAGUGGAUCUUCACUGCUUCAACUGCUUGGAAGUGGGUGGAAGCCUGUUUUGACUUCACCCUGUGGAAGAGGCUCUGAAGCAAGUUGAUGAUACAGCACACUUCUUAAAUUGCUUGCUUCACAAGUUGCUUCUGGCUACAAGAAGUCAAAUUAAAGUUUCUCUAGUGUAAGCGGAGGCCCGCUAUAGAAGCCAAGCAGGGCACAGGCCUACAUUUCUCAUAGCAAAAAGAAAAAACAAUACAAAAAAAAAAAGAAAAACAACAAAAAAAAAACACAUGCACACACAUUUGGGAGCAGCACACCCGUUUCAUGCCAAUUCCUCCUAUACUGCUAGGCUACCUGCAGUCCAGAUGAUUUAAUACCACGUUGAGGCUGGCCAGUCAGCAUCCUCUCGUUACAAAAAUAAUAAUAAUAAUAA